AUGACACGGAACUCCGCACCCCAGGAAAGCGCCGCGAGGACAGGAAAAGGCACAGUUAGUACACUUCUAGUCCAGGCUGAUCUUCCCCACCAGCAUUGCCUAGUUCCCAGCUGUUUGCGCAAGAGGGAAUCAACCCGCAAUUCACCCAUUCAGAACUGCAGCGCUCCACACACAACCGUAUCCGCGCUUUUCACAACGCUUCAUCCUUACUCGAUUCUGCACCCCCCAGACGCGCCGUGGAAAUUCUGCAGCUGUUUCAGGUUUGUCAUCAAAGGAAGCCUGGCUGGAGCAGCUGUAUACGUGGCAUAUGAUCAGGGGCUGCUGGGCAGUGGCACACAAGGUGCUGAAGCCCUCAAAAAAGCUCAAGAAGCACUUCCUCCAGCUAUCCAAGAAUGGACAAAUUACAUAGGCUGGGAGCUUCCACCCACUCCAAAAUUUGACUUUUCUCCCUCUGACUCCUGGAAUAAAGGAGUGCAGACAGUCAUGUCUGCCUUGUCUGUAGCUCCCGCCAGGGCCUGUGAAUACACUGUGGAAGGCUGGAAGUAUGUGAAGGAUCUUGUCAAAUGAACACGUUCUUCAGGGUUCACGGUUUUCUCCAUGCCAUCUUGUCUUUGGGAUGCUGCAUAGUCCAUCCCUGUAGAGGGCAGCUCAGCCAUGCAAGGGCUACAAUAAAAGACUUUGGAACUUCC